UGGAAUUAAGACUAAGCUAUAACAUUACAUCACAACUUCAAACAUAGAAAUGGCAUACCAAAACCGGAAACAUAACAAUCAUGGUUGGAGUCACAUGCAUGAGGUUAAUGAAUUCGCAGCGUAUCCGAGGUAUCGAUAUCAAGAUCGUCGUGUUGAAAUAUACGAGGAACCUAUAGCCGAGGUAGAACAAUAUUCCUACGUCGAGGCUCGUCGUGAGACUGAGACCGAUCGACGAGGUACGAGUUUUGGCAAUCAAUAUGGUACUUAUGAGAGUGUUGAUCAAGAGGCAGGUGCUUUUAUUCAACAUGAGCAUAGGAGGAUGGAAUUAGCCAAACUCAUGUCAUCAAGAAAUGGUAAUUAAUUGAGCAUUUGCUAUCCUAUCUUUGUAGAUGCAGUCCACAGACUGAUAAAUUAAAAAUGAAACUUUUAUUUUUUAAUUUAAUAGUCUGCAGUCGACUAUAUCAUAAAAUUGGAUGCAGAGACUUGAUUAUCUAUGUAGGGUCUUCAUGUGAUUAUCAUAAAUAUUAGUUACUUUGAUGUAUCCUUAAAAUAGUCAAAAGAUUUUGGGGAUAAAAUUUACGUUAAAAAAAAAAAAAGUUUUAUGAAAAAAUUAUCCCUAAUUUAUUUUAGCUCUAUUUUAAGCUAUAUCAAAUAUAAUAAUUUGUACACCCCAAGCACUCGGGCAUGUAUUCUUUCUUCACCUAAUUAAUUAAUACAUCAAGGCCUUACUUUUUUGUUGUAAUUGUUUUGCUUUCGUUUGAAUUUUAAUGGCUUGUUGCUAAUUAAUAA